UGUGUUUAUUUAAUCGUUUAAGGUAUAACGAAACAUAAAAUGGAUGGAUUGUGGAAAUGGAAGAAAGAAGAUUGCCAUUCCUUUAUUAACCAAAUUGUUACAAAUUUAACCAAAUAAACAGCUAAAUACGUUUUAAAAUAUUAUUAUUUAGUUUAAUGACUGUUAUGGAUGGUACAUAACAGAAAACCAAAAUGGAUGGUGAAGGUGAAGAUUUCAAUCUCCACUGGGAGGAGGAAGAAGUGGAGUCAAAGCACAUCCCUGGUGUAGUGGCUUCAGAGGUCAUCUGUGGCUUGGAUAAUGUGCAAGCUAGUUCUUACUCCAAUAUGAGCUCAGAAGUAAUUAUACAAGACACAGAUCAGAUAGCAGCAGAGAAUCUGAUGUUCUUGUCUCAGGAUGUAGUCAGUUACACGGAUGCUGCCGAAUUGGCUGUGGAUCCCAGUGUGGAAUGUGUUACGGAGGAGGUGAUCACGGAUGACUGGACUGAGGGGCAGGACAGUUUGUAUAAUUUCAGAGUCGAGGUACCCUUGGAACACUUCACAAACCCGGUAUUAGACAUAAAAGAGGAAAAUGACAUUGAUGUACCACUUCCCACAGAUCAGGAUCAGUACACAGCAAUGCGACCAUGGCCAUGCGACUUCUGUUCACGGCGGUUCCGCAAGAAAGCCGCCCUGAUGAACCACAUGGUGGCCCACCAGAACGACCGCCCCCACGCCUGCAACCUUUGUGGAGUGCGCUACGUGCGCAAGUGCGAUCUGAUGAACCAUCUCAAGGUGCACGCUAUGGUGCCCGACAACGCGGACCCGGUCGACUACGAGGACGUGUUAGAUAACAGUCAAGCACUAAAACCAAAGAAAAAGCGAGGGAGACGAAAAAAGAAUCCCGAGCCAGAGCCUGAAGAGAACGGAGACAUAUGGGAGAACAUGACCUCAGCGCGCACCAUGCAAUGGUCCCGCCGGGCGCGUUCCCCAGCGAGACCCCCACGGUCCCCAUCACCGCUACCCCCGCCGUCGCCACCAUCAGAGCCUGAACCCUGCCCGCCGCCAGCUGAUCCAAGCCGACCCUUCGUCUGUAGGCAUUGUGGAGUCGGCUUCGCUAGGGAGAAGGCGUUACAGUCACACUCUAGGAUACACGGAGGAGACUCGCCGAUAGAGUGCGGCACGUGCGGCGAGCUGUGCUGGUCGCGCGAGGCGCUGGCCACGCACGCGCGCCAGCGGCACCCGCACCAGCCGCCGCAGCAGCCCGCUAGGGAGCCCUACGACUCCAACUCCGGUGACGACGAUAUGGAAUAUCAGCUGUCGCCACUAGCCGACAGCGGGAGCGAGCGAGCCGUGUACGACACGCAGCGAGGCCCCGAACUGUUCUGUCAAGACUGCGGCGUCGCCUUCCAGCGGGCCGACUUACUGCGUCGGCAUCAGGCUGCUGCACACAGUCACAAACGGCACGACAGCUCGUCGUCGACGUGGGCGGAGCACUCGUGCGACGUGUGCGGCGAGACGUGCGCGGACGCGCUGCAGCUGCUCGCGCACGCCGAGCGCCACGCCGACCGCCCCGCGCCCUCCAGGUUCAAGAAAAUGUCACGAGGAAGAAAUAACACGUCUUCAAGCGGUGCACGGCAAUUCCCCUGCAGAGAGUGCGGCAAAGUAUUCGGGUCGCGCAGCUCCCAACAAAUCCACAUCCGAAUACAUACCGGCGAGCGGCCCUACGCCUGCCGGUUCUGCUGGAAGGCCUUCGCGGACGGCGGCACGCUGAGGAAACACGAGCGCAUACACACCGGCGAGAAGCCGUACGCGUGCGCGGUGUGCCCGCGCGCGUUCAACCAGCGCGUGGUGCUGCGCGAGCACGUGCGCAGCCACCACUCCGCGCCCGACCGCCGCGCCAACGGAGGCCCUUCGUUUUGCUGUGUGGUUUGCGGUCGUACGCUACACUCCAGUGCGGAGCUGGUACAGCACCUGAUUCAACACUGCGACGCCAACACGGCGCUCAAGCGACAGCCGCAGACCGGCCCCCGAAAAUACAAGCGGCGGCGGAAAAUAAAAUCGGAGCUGUCCCCGCGGCGCUCUUGGGAGCGCGGCUCCCCGUCCCCCGCGCGCUCGGCGUCCCCCUCCCCGCCGCGCCCACGCCACUCCCCGUCCCCCCGCCCCUCCCCGCCGCCCCGGCCCGCUCCCGCGCGCUCCCCGCCGCGCCGCCGCCGCCGCGCGCCGCCGCCGCCGCGCCCCAAGAUGAUACACACCCAGGAGCGCCGCGCCAAACCCAAGCAGGUACGAGGACGACGGCCGCCGCGGCACCCGGCCGACGACCUGCGCGCCAUCGCGCCGCCCGCCCCGCCCUCCCCCGGCCCCUCCCCCGCGCCGCCCACACCCUCCCCGCCCCCCCGACAAUCCCCACCCUCCUCCCCGCUAGCCUCACCCCAGGAAGGCGGCCCCUUUAAGUGCGAGAUGUGCGCCGAAGAAUUCCCCCGCCGCGAUGCGUUACUACUGCAUGUUCCGGUACAUAUAUGACACAGUCGACCGAAGCGGCAGAGGCCGCGGCUAUCGCGCGAGAAACGAGCCUGAAGAGACAACUGAGCGACCCAUGAGCUGUGUGUCUCUGAAAUGUGUAAAUUUUAGUUUAGCAUUCAUCUGUGAUGGUUGCGCGAUGGAGGCGAAAAGCGUUCUCGUUCAGAUAUCAACAGACAGAUGAAAAUAGCGACUUGUCUUUGUUGGUUGAUUAACGCGACCAUAAGCCAUGGUCAGUUUCCGUAACGACCUUCAUAUUAUAAGAAGAUUCAAACUUGAUUCACCCAAAAACCGGAUGUGACUAGUUAACGGGUCUUGAAUAAUGUUGCCCCUAUACAUGCUCACUGAGUUUGAUUAGCCCUUCCUUGGUAAUCCUCUUACCAUCCUAUAAAGAACUCGAGUAGUCGAAGACUGAUAUCGCUUCGCAAUAAUUUAGCGGUAAACCCUGUAAUAUAAUAGCUACAUGUUUGUGAUUGGAUUGCCAUCUGGACGCACGUGACAAUGAUAGUUCACUUUGCACGCGUAAAAUGAGAUAGGAUCAGAACGUCUUGGCAAUCCAGUCAUGACUGUGUUCUAGUAAAAAUAUUCGUCUUUCAUACAAAAAGUACUCUUUGUGGACGAAGCAUAGGCGAAGCAUUGGAUAAUAUAGAUAUAAGUGCCUGUUUCACAAGAGUCUUUUUUUCCUAUGAUCGACGCAAACAGCCAUCUAUGUAUAUAAACCGUAUUAAAUCUAUAUUUCAGCCGCGAUCGGUUGCAGUAAAUUAGGGUUAUUUAACAAUAAUUGAAAAUUAGUUAUACAUAUGAUGCACUUAUAUUCUGAAUAAGUAGUUGAAAACGUGAUGUGAACGUAUAUUUUCUAUCUCACUUGCAUUUUCAAUUUUAUGCCUAAAUUACUGUCAGUCUUAUGGAAAAAUUGUAAUUAUAAGUCACCGUCAAUUCAUAAAAUAAUAAUAUGUAAAUAAAUAGCUGAAAUAAAGUAAAGUGAAUCUCCUUUAUUUCCAAAAUAUGGUCGUCUUAUACAAAUUGUGAAGAAAUUUGAUAAAAGCUGGGCUUAAUGUGUGACAUAUCUAUUUAAGCAACUUCAAAAAAUGCAUAUAGGACCACAACUUUACAAUAUUCUUAAUCUUAAUCUCAUGUUUCGCCUCUGAUUUCACGGGCCUAUAAAUCCCGGUCUUUUCAUAGGCUUGAGGAUGCAUAAGGAUAUAGUUCCAACAUGUAAAGGCCACUUGGAGAGCUUUAAUGUGUUUAUCAUUAUUAUUUCUUCACGGACACCGGUUCCGCGGUUUUUUUUUUGACAUCUAAGAUGUCUUAGUAUUAAAGCCCUUGGUCCGCCAAAGGUGUAGUACUCUACGGUGAGACCACGGAGGAUUUUGUUUUAUCUCUUGAGGUAAAAAAAUCAUGUACUGUAUUGUAAAACGCCACUACAGCCUACACUAAUAAAAUGUUCAAUCAUCCACCAUGAUAAACAAAUGUGUGCGCAAACUGCACCCUUGCGGCAAUCUAACGUAUAAUUCUAUAAAAGGAAAAUUGGUGUCUUAUCAUUAUCAUAAUUUCUUUACCAGCAGUUAAUGGUAUCGGUUGGCUCAGAAACAAGUUAAUAUUAAAGGCUGCCAUUUUCCAUGUAAAAUCGUGUUUCUUCAAAAUUGCAGCAAGGUCUCAGGCCUCGGACUAUAGUUCGUUUUUUGCUAUAGAUUUAUAAUUAUUUCAUAUAUUCUGUGACAUAUUUUCCAGUAGUGUUUUUUAAUAAAAAGACACGUCAAAACCGCUUACCUUUUUUCUAAUUACGUGAAUCUUUGUUUUGGAAGGACACUGGCAGCCUUAAAAAAUAUAGUACGAGUACACAUGCAUGAUUUCAUGUAAGUGCCUAUCGCCUUGUGGUAUUGAGAUUAAGUAGUCCAAAAGUUCGAGACUCCUGGGAACUUUAUUAUAAAUGCCUAACAAAAUGAAAAAAGUACUUCGCGUAUAUUACAGGCGUUCAUGAAAUGAUCCCAUACUGCCUUUAUGAUAUUUGUUUGAGCAUUUGUGAGUUGAUCGUUGUGUAGUGCGUGAUUCUAGCCUUUUCUACCUAUCUAAUUUUAAGGUAUGAAAUAGGAAUCAAUACAUAUACAGUGGUUUUCGAUUAUUGCCGUUAGUUGGUAGAAUAUGACAUGACUCAGCCAAAAUACAAUUUAUAAGUCAUAUUAGAACUCUCCUUUACACCCCUUGAAAGUAUUGUGCCCAACCAAAAGGAUCAUAUGUAAACAGCGGUGCUGGAGUCAUUGAAGUUUUUAUUGACACCAGUCAAUGUUCCUUUUGCUUUGGAAUGACACAACUAGGAAAUGUUUAUAAUAAACUGUCAAUUGUUGUAAAUAAUAGCUUUUUUGGAACUAAUAGUUCUGGGACAUUUACUUAUUGUGACAUUGAAUGAUUGUUUGUCUGUUUGUAAUACUGUUGCCUAUAUUAGUAAGACUCCAUAUUAUGUUGUCGUAUUGAUUGUAUUGUUGUAUUUUAUUAAUGGACUGAUUUAUAGAUUAGACAAAACUGUACAUAAGUGUGUAGUUAGUUUGCAAUACAAUACUUUAUUUAGUACAAAUGGUGUAUGUUUUGGGGUUCUUUAACAGUUUAUAUUUGCAUUUUUUUUGUGAUAUAGACAUAAAUAACUGGUGGUUUUAUGUAUGUGCCAUAGAAGGUUGGCGUCAGAUACCUAAAAUGUAAUAUUAUCAAGAAUCAAUAAAUAAUGGUGCAAUACAUUCCCCAAAAAUGUUUCGCAACCAAUGUGUUAGCAUUGUUUUAAUUUCUUUUAAUACACAAAAAAAGUUUAUUCGUAUUUUCUUCAAAAUUUUAAGAACUUGUUUCAAUCGUUUUUAAUACAGAAUAUUUUAUAUCACAAACGAUACAUAUUUAGUAAAUAAAGCCGUUGCAAUUUUGCUUAGAUUUCUAAAAUGUUUUUAUAUAAGUUUCACCCAUUUAUUGCAACGUUCAUAAUAAUUUUAAUGUUAUUGUGCAAUUAUACAUAAGGGCCAAUGGGGCCAAUUAGAUCCACACGUUGCAACGGGCCUGAGCUAGUUGUUUCCCGUUGCACGAUAUAUCAGCACAUCUUUAACAAUAUUUGACAUGUAAAAAAAAUACUGUGUCUCUAAUUGCCAAAAAUGUGAUUGAUAUAAUAAUAUCAAUCACAUUUUUGACAUUUCAAGUGCAAUAGCACUUGAACAAUUUCUUCAGAUUUCAAAUAUUGUUCAUCAUGUGCUGAUAUUUCGUAAAACGGGAAACAACUGUAGCUCGAGCCUGACGUUAGGCCCAUUGCAACGUGUGGAUCUAAUUGGCCCUCCUGAUUGGCAUCACUGAUUGUCAUGAACAUAACCAAAUGUAACUAUUGACUUAAUGUUGUAUACCUAAGCAAUAAAAUAUAACAGUCCA